AUGUAUAUCAACAGUCAUAAGUCAAGAAAAUUAUAUCGUAUUAAAAUAUAAUAUCAUAUGCUCGUAUGCGGUUUAUUGGUUGUCCGGUAGGUGCGCACCUAGCGACCCCUUCUUAGGCAUGUAAAAACUGUUCGUCCCCGCCGCCGCCUUGGUAGAUUAUAAAAGAGCCCGCAGAGGGUUUCUGACCAUCAGAAUUCAGUAUUUCAGUGCACCUACAACAUCAUGACGUCCAUAACCAAAAUCGUUAUUUUGAUCACCGCAUUCAUUGCCAUCAGCGGAUAUGCACUCGAAGUCUUGGGUGACGAUAUAAAUCAACCCGACGCUCAAGUUUCCGAUACGCCGUCCGACGUGAAGCGGGAUCCCCCUUACCUGAGAAGAUGUGAUGGCAUUAUUGGCAUUUUUGGCUGUGUUACAACCGAUAGAAGUCUUAACUAUCCGAUAAACCGUGACUAUUAUGACGUGAUGCGACCAAAGGACCCAAGUUCUCCCAACACCGAGUUCGUCAUCAGCAAGCAUGGAAGCCUAAGGGAACGACGACAAGUUGUAGUUAAGACUAAAGGUUCAGAUGAUGGUCUUAAUUCGGUUAUGUCACUCCUCAACAGAUCCAGUUCUUCGUUAAGAUCCAAGAUAAGAAACAGAAAUCGUCGAUCGCCCUCAACACCAGAGACAACUUCCAAUAAAAACACUACAGCGGAGGCACACCCUGUCCGUAAUCGACCAGAAAAGAUGUCCACUACUAAACGUAUUCUUAUUUCGUUAUUGGCUACUCUUAGUAUGCCGUACAUGAUAAUCACUCCAAACAUUGAUUAUGAUUAUGAUAAAAACGGCGAACUUAUUACUUCUUGAAAUUAAUAAUUUUAUUCAAAUAUAAGAUUAUUAUAAAUUAAUUGCGAAUCUUUAAUAUUAUUCUUUAUAUAAAUUAAAUAACAUAAUAUCUUUUUAUAUAAAUAUUAUACAGAAGCUAAAUAGUAAAUACUCUUAUUAUUCAAUAUAAAAUGUGAAUGUUCAUAAUUAUAAUAUUAUUAUUCUAAUAAAUAAUCGUAGAUUUCUUUCACCUAGUAUGAAUUUG